AUGUCGCACACUGCCCAACAUCUAAUGCGAAGGGUACCAGACCUCCAAAAGGCAGGCGUCAAUAUUGGCCUGGGUACUGAUGGCGCCCCGUGUAACAAUACGUGUGAUCUCCUGCAGGAGAUGAAACUCGCAGCUAUUAUUCACAAGGGGACCUCGCAGGAUCCCACGGCAGUUCCAGCCGAAAACGUGCUGGAGAUGGCUACAAUCAAUGGCGCCAAAGCACUGGGCUUGGAUAACCAGAUCGGCAGUCUGGAAAUCGGUAAGAAGGCUGACUUUGUGGCUAUCGAUGUUCGAGGAAUCCACAGCCAGCCUUGGUUUAACCCAGUCAGCGCGGUUGUGUAUACUGCAACUGGGCGCGAUGUCGAUGUUGUUGUAGUAAACGGGAAGGUUGUCGUCAAGAGUGGAGUCCUGAUGACGAUGGAUGAGGAAGAAAUUGUGCAGGAAGCACAAAGAAGAAGCAAGGAGGUAGUGGAAAGGGCUGGGCUGGGCAAUAAGGUACACGGCCGCUGGCCAGUUGAGUGA